AUUACGAAGUAUUUUUAUUUUAAAAUUUCCCCCUAUCAUUUUUCUUUUGAUCUCUUCAACAUUUUCAAGAUUAUAAUACGUGAUUAAAGAUGGAGAGUAUAAAAACUCCAUUCAGGGGAAUUAAAAACGACGUACGAGGAAGACUUGCAUGCUAUAAACAGGAUUGGGUUAAUGGUAUCAAAUCUGGAGUUGGGAUACUUGGUCCAACUGCCUCUACUUUUUUUGCUUCAGCACUUCCUGCUAUUGCCUUUGGGGAACUCCUCAACAUGAAAACAGGUAGAAGGCUGAGUUCAGUGCAAACUUUGUUUUCAGCAGCAAUUUGUGGCGUUAUACACACACUAGUUGGUGGACAACCACUUCUAAUACAAGGAGUUGCAGAACCAACUGUUCUUAUGUAUACCUUCUUGUAUGAUUAUGCCGAAAAUCGGGAUGAUCUAUAUCCUCUAUUUUUGGCUUGGACCGCAUGGGUUUGUGUAUGGACGGCUUUUUUGCUAAUGCUAAUGUCAAUAUUUAACGUGUGUGCCAUCAUUGACCGAUUCACAAGAAUAGCCGAAGAACUUAUUGAAAUGUUAAUUUCUGUUCUAUUCAUCCAAGAGGCUAUCAGGGGGAUUGUAACCGAAUUUCAAGUUCCCAAAGGAGUUAAUGAGCCAAACAAUAGGGCUUACCAAUUUCAAUGGCGUUACGCAAAUGGAUUGUUUGCAAUCUUGUUCUCCCUAGGCUUUAUCUACACUGCUUUUAAAAGUAGAAAGGCUAGGUCAUGGUUGUAUGGAACAGGUGGUAUAAGAAAUUUCAUAGGAAAUUUCGGGGUUCCGAUGAUGAUACUAGCGUGGGCAGGAUUGUCAUAUGCUGUACCGGGAAAUGUUCCCACCGGCGUUCCUAGAAGAUUAUUCAGUCCUCAUCCUUGGCAUUCUUGGGAUACUUGGAGUGUUGCUAGUAGAAUGGGGGAUGUGCCCGUAAGAUACAUCUUUGGGGCAAUAAUACCAGGAACAAUGAUAGCAGUACUAUUCUUUUUUGAGCACAACGUGGCUUCGAAAAUGGCACAACAGAAGGAAUUUAAUCUUAAGCACCCUUCUGCUUACCAUUACGACGUCUUUCUCCUUGGCAUUAUGACUUUGAUUUGUGGGUUGCUUGGACUUCCUCCUUCCUACGCUCUUCUUCCUCAAUCUCCUAUGCACAUCAAGAGCCUUGCUGUUCUUAAAAGACAGUUGAUCAGAAGAAAGAUGGUCGAAACUGCCAAAGAAAGCAUACACAAACGUGCUACUAAUUCUGAAAUUUAUGGCAAUAUGCAAGCUGUUUUCCUAGAAAUGGACAGGAAUAAAUCGGUAAAUAGAGUGGUGAAAGAGCUAGAAACCUUAAAGGAAGUGGUAAUGAAAGGAGAAAGUGAUGGAAAAGAUACAUUUGAUCCAGAGAAACACAUUGAAAACCAUUUACCGGUCCGAGUUAAUGAACAAAGAUUGAGCAACCUAUUACAAUCUCUUCUCCUAGGAGUUGCAGUUUUCGCUAUGCCUGCCCUCAAAAGAUUGCCAUCUUCGCUUCUUUGGGGUUACAUUGCUUACAUGGCUAUUGAUAGUCUUCCCGGCAACCAGUUCUGGGAAAGAAUCCGACUUAUCUUUGUUAAUAAAACUAGAUUAUACAAGAUUUUGGCAAGGAAUCAUGCUUCAUACGUGGAAACAGUGCCAUUCAGAUGGAUUUUGGGUUUUACACUGUUUCAACUAACGUACUUGCUUGUUUGUUAUGGAAUGACUUGGAUACCCUUAGUUGGGAUAAUAUUUCCCUUGCCAUUUGUUCUUCUUAUAAUCAUAAGACAUCUUGUAUUACCAAGGAUUUUCGACCCACAACACUUGCACGACCUAGACUCUCACGAGUACGAGGAAAUCCUAGGCACUUCAAGGCGCGCAAUCUCUUUCAGGGAAAAUGGAACGAUUUAUGAAGACGGCUAUGAGAAUGAAGAAGAAAUGGAGGAAGAAAUAUCUGAUUCAGAAGUGUUAGAUGAGUUAACAACUAAUAGAGGAGAAAUAAAGAUUAGAACUCUGAGCCUUCAACGCUUUCGUAGCGAAAGACGGGUUCUCAGUGGAAGGAUGGAGAUGAACCCUAGGGCUGCUAUGAGCAUGCGACAUGACCGAAAUUUCAAGGUUUUUCCAGAGAACAUUGCAUAAAAGGAGUGAUCAAAACAAAAUGAAGAUACUCUUGGAAAUGAAGUGACUACUAAUAAUUGACUUAAUAGUAUCAAAUGUUAGCCUAAGUUGAAGUUGUAAAGAGAAAAGUGCAACAAAGUAUUUUAUGUUUUUGUAUAAUUCGUUUUAAUUCUUGUAAAACACUAUCUGAUAGACUGAUACUACCUUCAUAAUAUUUUUACCAUUUUUUUAUACUACUCCCCCUGUUUUAGAAUACGUGUAACAUUUGUCUUUUUCGGCCGGUCUUGAAUACUUGUAACACUUUUAUUUUUGGUGAAAUACCACACUUA